AUGACUUCGUUCUUCAAGGGCAACAACCCCCAAUCUAGUCCGUGCGAAACCAGGAGGCCACCGGACACUGACAGCCUGCACAGCAAUGAUCCUCUACUUUACAACCCCAACACGACAGCCUUCUCGCUCUUUAUGGCCGUCGGCCUGCCCCAGCAACACCUGGACGGACCAAACGACAUCGACGCACCCGAGAGCAUCUUGCGCAUAUCCAGCAAGAUGAAGCUGACAAACUGGCUAUGCUUCGUGUCGUCAGUGCACCUGAUGGACGGCAUUGUCGACAAGCUCAAUGCGUCGCGCGUCGUCGACAGGUCGAAUUCUACAGCCGACACCGUCGCCAUCCCGCGCAAUCUGCUCAAGCGCGUACAGCACGAGCUGACCACUACGGCGCUCAAGUCAGUCGUGAGGGACUUGACGAGCGGGAGGAGUACGACGCUGUGA